GCUACUCCCAGGCGGCGGCGGCGGCGCAGGCUCAGAGCAGACCCCGCCCGCGGAGGAGGAGGAGGGAGGGCCACCGCGUCACCAUGCUGCUGGAGGAGGUCCGCGCCGGCGACCGGCUGAGUGGGGCCGCGGCCCGGGGCGACGUGCAGGAGGUGCGCCGCCUGCUGCACCGCGAGCUCGUGCACCCGGACGCCCUGAACCGCUUCGGCAAGACGGCGCUGCAGGUGAUGAUGUUCGGGAGCCUCGCCGUCGCCCAGGAGCUCCUGAAACAAGGUGCCAGCCCCAAUGUCCAGGACGCCUCUGGCACCAGUCCUCUCCACGAUGCAGCCCGCACUGGAUUUCUGGACACUGUGAAGAUCCUCGUGGAGCACAGUGCUGAUGUCAACGCUCCCGAUGGUACCGGGGCACUGCCCAUCCACCUGGCAGUGCGCGAGGGCCAUGCAGCGGUGGUCAGCUUCCUGGCUCCGGAGUCUGACCUCCAUCACAGGGACGCUGCGGGGCUCACACCCCUGGAGCUGGCACGGCAGAGGGGGGCUCAGGACCUCAUGGACAUCCUGCAGGGGCACAAGGUGAUCCCACUGUGACCCAGGGCAACUCCUCCAGCCAGAGAGCCCUGCGGGUUUGUCUGGCAGAAAAGAGGGGAGAAAACACUUUCCUUGCUGAAGAAGGGGAGGAAGACCAGUUUGUGGCUUAUUGGUGUUGAUUUUUGGGGUGUGUGUGAUUGGGGGAUGUUUCUCGUGUGUUUUCUCACCCUUUUGGUGUGUUGGACAGAGAAGGACUCCUAUAGGAGACAGCCACCUAAACGGUUCAGUUUCUUCUGCAUCCCAGGCCCCGGGCUGCAGAUGUGGCCAAGGGCAGAGUGUAGAGCCCCAGCCCUGGAGUGAGGUCAUCACCACCAGGGCUCCCGGAACCUCGUGCCCUUGGCCAGCUGUGCUCCAGAGUCCCGACGUGUGCGCCCUGCUUUGGGCAUGGGGGGAGGGGGAAGCAUUUCAGAUUAAUUGAAGGGUAACAUGAGUUCAUUCAUAUUUUUUGGAAGCUUGUUUUCCAAUCCCUUGUACAGCGUUGAAAAAAGAGAUUCUAUUUAUUAAGCUUUAUGGAAAAAAUUGUUGUGUGUGUGAUAAUUUAACGUUUUUACCCAUUAAAUUAAGACGUGUAUGUUCA